AUAACACGACACACUGUUAAAAGCCUCUCUCUCUUCUCUCUGCCUCUCUCCCACACACACCCCACAGACAGGCAGAGAGAGAGAGAGAGACACGCAUACAAUGCAUAUUUCUUACUCCAUCUACCAAAUGUUCUGUAUAAAUAACUCAUAUUGAAACCAUCAUCUCCACUCAGAAAAUGGCUUCAGCGUUUUCCUUGACUCAAUCCAUUCUUUCAGUUCUCUUGUUUUUCCUCGUCUCCACAAUUUCAACAUCAGCAGAAACUAAAGAUGGUGACAGUCUUUCGAUGUCUGAUUCCAGUCUGGAAUUUCCAAGAACUCAAGCAGAAAGACUCAUCAGAGCCCUCAACUUGUUCCCAAAGAAUGAAGUGAACCAUCAUGCUGGGAAGGAUCAUGGUUUUGGAGAAUCAAGAAUUGUCGAAAAACAAUUCAAGUUCCCGUUUUUGGGGGAUUCAGGGGCGUCUGUCCAAGAUUUAGGCCACCAUGCUGGUUACUACAGACUGCAACAUUCUAAAGAUGCAAGGAUGUUCUACUUUUUCUUUGAAUCGAGGAAUAGCAGGACAGACCCUGUAGUGAUUUGGCUAACUGGAGGACCAGGUUGCAGUAGUGAAUUGGCUUUGUUUUAUGAAAAUGGUCCCUUCCACAUAACAAACAACCUGUCCUUAACAUGGAAUGAUUUCGGAUGGGAUAAGGUAUCAAAUCUGAUAUAUGUGGACCAGCCAACCGGAACAGGUUUCAGCUAUAGUUCCGACGAUGAUGACAUUAGGCACAAUGAGGAGGGUGUUAGCAAUGAUCUAUACGACUUUUUGCAGGCUUUUUUCAAGGAGCAUCCGCAGUAUGCAAAGAACGAUUUUUACAUCACUGGAGAAUCAUACGCUGGGCAUUAUAUUCCUGCUUUUGCUGCUCGGGUUCAUCAAGGAAACAAAAGAAAAGAAGGAAUUCAUAUUAAUCUAAAGGGAUUUGCCAUUGGAAAUGGACUUACGAACCCGGAAAUACAGUACCAAGCAUACACUGAUUAUGCUCUGGACAUGAAACUGAUUACCAAAUCUGAUUACAACAGCAUGAAAACGUCAGUUUCAAGAUGCCAACAGGCUAUUAAGCUCUGCGGUGCUAAUGGUGGAUCUUCUUGUGUGGCUGCAUACAUGGUCUGCAACGUUGUCUUCAACAAGAUAGUGAGAAUUUCUGGUGGUAAAAAUUACUAUGAUAUAAGAAAGGAGUGUGAGGGUAACCUGUGCUACGACUUCUCCAGUGUGGAGGAUUUUCUGAAUCUAAAAUCAGUUAGAGAUGCUCUUGGUGUUGGGGACAUAGAUUUUGUUUCGUGUAGCUCCACUGUGUAUGAGGCUAUGGUCGCGGAUAUGAUGAGAAAUCUUGAAGUUGGUAUUCCCGCUCUUCUGGAGGAUGGAAUCAAAUUACUUGUAUAUGCUGGAGAGUAUGAUCUCAUAUGCAACUGGAUCGGGAAUUCAAGAUGGGUUCAUGCUAUGGAAUGGUCUGGACGGAAGGAAUUUGUUGCUGCUCCCACCAUUCCAUUCUCAGUGGACGGGUUGGAGGCUGGAAUGCAGAAGGGCCAUGGACCACUUACAUUUCUUAAGGUGCACAAUGCUGGCCACAUGGUUCCAAUGGACCAGCCAAAAGCGUCCUUAGAAAUGUUAAGGAGGUGGAUGCAGGGGAAAUUAACACAAGCAGAUGAACCUUUUCAAGAUUUGGUGAUUUGAUAAAUGUAUAAAUUACAGAAUCAGGAGUGUAUGCUAAACAUGAAUUGGAAUCCAAGAUUUGCUUUAUAUUUCUGAAUUGAUAGAAAUACAAGUUAAAGUUGAAUCCAAAGUGCAAUAAGAUGGAAUUGUAUAAGAGAUUGAAAAUAUCAGAGUUUUCAUAGGUGAUUAUUGGUUGCCGACUACCA